UCUCUCGCUCAAAUCGACCAUUCUUUGCUCUGAAGUCGCGUCGUGAGUGUCGUGCUUAAUUUUUGUACCCUAUUUAAUUUAUUAAUUUAAGUCAAAAUGAGAGAAAUUGUUCACAUUCAAGCUGGUCAAUGCGGUAACCAAAUCGGAGCUAAGUUCUGGGAAAUCAUCUCAGACGAACAUGGAAUUGACCCGACUGGUGCCUACCAUGGCGACUCUGACCUCCAGCUGGAGAGAAUUAACGUCUACUACAAUGAAGCCUCAGGUGGCAAAUAUGUUCCUCGUGCCAUCCUCGUCGAUCUGGAGCCUGGCACCAUGGACUCAGUCCGAUCUGGUCCAUUCGGUCAGAUCUUCAGGCCAGACAACUUUGUCUUCGGACAGAGUGGAGCCGGUAACAACUGGGCCAAGGGUCACUACACAGAGGGUGCUGAACUCGUCGACUCAGUCUUAGAUGUAGUAAGGAAAGAAGCUGAGAGCUGUGAUUGUCUCCAGGGUUUCCAGCUGACCCACUCACUCGGAGGUGGUACCGGAUCCGGUAUGGGAACACUCCUCAUCUCAAAAAUCCGUGAAGAAUACCCCGACAGAAUUAUGAACACAUACUCAGUUGUACCAUCUCCUAAGGUAUCAGACACAGUCGUAGAACCAUACAACGCCACACUCUCCGUUCACCAGCUUGUUGAAAACACUGAUGAAACUUACUGUAUUGACAACGAAGCCUUGUAUGACAUCUGCUUCCGUACACUGAAACUCUCCACACCCACUUACGGAGAUCUUAACCAUCUUGUCUCCCUCACAAUGUCAGGAGUAACGACGUGUUUGAGGUUCCCUGGUCAGUUGAACGCUGAUCUGAGGAAACUUGCCGUGAACAUGGUACCCUUCCCCAGGUUGCACUUCUUCAUGCCUGGAUUCGCUCCUCUCACCUCCCGUGGUAGCCAACAAUACAGAGCACUUACCGUUCCCGAACUGACACAACAAAUGUUCGAUGCCAAGAACAUGAUGGCUGCCUGUGACCCACGACACGGAAGGUACCUCACCGUCGCCGCUAUCUUCAGAGGUCGCAUGUCAAUGAAGGAAGUUGACGAACAAAUGCUUAACAUCCAAAACAAGAACUCCUCAUACUUCGUUGAAUGGAUCCCCAACAACGUUAAGACAGCUGUCUGUGACAUUCCUCCUCGUGGUUUGAAGAUGUCCGCCACCUUCAUCGGAAACUCGACUGCCAUCCAAGAAUUAUUCAAGAGAAUCUCAGAACAAUUCACAGCUAUGUUCAGGAGGAAAGCUUUCUUACAUUGGUACACUGGUGAAGGUAUGGACGAGAUGGAAUUCACAGAAGCCGAAUCCAACAUGAACGAUUUAGUUUCAGAAUACCAACAAUACCAGGAAGCAACAGCUGACGAAGACGCAGAAUUUGAAGAUGAGCAAGAAGCUGAAGUUGAUGAGAACUAAAUUAAAAAUCUGUGUUAAUGUUAAAUGCUCCCGGUUCUCUCGUUUUAUUAAGUUAUUUCCAUGGAUUCCUAAUUUUUUUAAAGCUUGUCUAUACAGCGGGAAAGUCCCCAAUUCCAAGUGUAUUUUUUUAGCGAUAACCGGUGCCCAACAAAAUUGCUUCGGCUUGUAGUAUGAUGUGAGAUGUCAGUGGCUGCCUGUAUUUUAAAUGUAUAGAUGUAUUUGUGCGUUGGACCCGGACGUAUGCUUUUACUUUUGAUUUUCUACUUUCUUUUUUACUUUUCUAUUUGAUGAAAUUUAUUGAAGCUAGCGUCGCGAUGUUGCUCUGAACCUGGAUCAAUCCCUGCCUUUGUAUAUAGUAUUUUUAAUGUUGCCCCUCCUUGAUCUGCCUUUUGGUAUUGUUUUGAUAUGGAUUGUACGCCUUGACAGCAGCUACUUUUAUUUUUGUUCUCCACACUCGGCCAUAUUAAACUUCUCACAUGAGUUGUAUUUCAAGAGCAAAAUAUAACUUUUACAAAACUA